UCACAUAGAGACAUUCACCUUGUCCUGCCUGUAUUUUGAGGCAGAAUUGGGAACACCUGGGGAAGCAAGGAAAUAUCUUCAUCAAUUGAGCUUCAUCAGUGAGCUUCCCCAAAGGAAAAUGGAUGGCCUGCGGAGGUAGUGAGCUCCCCGUUACUUGUCCAGCAGAAGCUACAUAACCAUCACUAAGGGAUUCUGUAGACAAGAUUUUUAUUCAAGUGAAGAUUGGACUAAAGGGCCACUGGCCCACUGAGAUCAUUUUCAGGUGUCUACUGUAUGGCUGUGAGUCAUGGAAGAGGAAAGUCUCUGAGGAGUUCAAAAUGAACGUCACACAGAAAGAAGAAUGGAUCGAUUGUGGGAGUUCGGGGAAGACCCAAACCAGAGGGCGACUGAGGCAGAAGCGGGAGCGCGGAGAAGGGGGUCGCCUGCCUGCGCGAGGGGCCGAGCCCACUGGAGGGGGAGGGGGCGGUAGAGCUCUACCUCCCCGUCCCUCCUCCCUAGGACCUGCCUCUAUGGGCUUGGAAAGACCCCUCGGGGGAUGUCCCAUGGACUCCGAGCAAUUCCCCAUGCAGAAACCAGGAGUCUCCCCAGCUUCACCUCCCCCAAGCCGCCCACCUCUUCGAGGGCCCGGGAGCCCAGGACAGGUUCCCCUGGGCCCUGCCCUCCCCGCCGGAGCCCCUGAGGAGCUUCUCCAGGCGCUGCUCCUGGGGCCGCCCGAGCCUGCUGCCCCUGCGGAAGCUGGCCCCUCUGGAGCGCCUCUGCUCCCCGCCCCGGGCCGCCUCCCCGCCCCGCUGCCUGAUCCAGAGUAAGAGCCUGCUGCCCAGGAGGCUGACCCCGCUGAGGCUCUCCUACACUCAGCCCCAGCCCGUCCCCAAGGGCGGCUUCAGGACCUGCCAGAGCCCCAGCAAGGGGCCCCCCAACAGACUGGCUCCCUUGGAGGCGUACAGGAGGAGCCUCAUCCCCACCCCACCCACCCCUUUCCCUUCAAGAGGUCCGUGAAGUAA